CGCGCCCGCCCCCGCCGCCGCCCGGGGCUGGCCGCCGCGGCAUGACAAGGAGCCGCCCGCCGGGGGGCUGCGGCUGCCGAGCGGUCACCCCAUGCGGCUUCUGUCCCCCCGCCGCCCAGCCGAGCCGGGAUGGAGGCGCCCGGCUGCUGCCGCCGGCAUCUUCCCGUCCUGCUGCUGUGGGUUAAUGGUCUAAUGACACUUGGAUUAGCAGGUGAGGGAUUAGCAGGUGCACAUCAACAGACUAGACCCUGCAAUGAAUCUCUGAUGUUAGAAAAGUUGCCUGCCUGUGGAAAAUACUUUGAAGAGAUGAUGAAGAAAGUGGACUCCAAAAAAUGGUGCAACCUGACAGAAUUUAUCAAGUAUUACGAUAUCUUUACGCAGUGCACAGAACAUGAAGCCUUCUACGCAAGUUGCUUUUGGCCAAACCCCCUUGUAGAGGGCUUUAUCACUAGAAUUCAUAAACAAUUCUUUUUAAACUGUACUUCAGAAGAUGUUCUCUGGGAAGAUCCGCCAGAUGAAAUUCUCAUAACUCUGAUCUUGAUCCCAGUCAUGUUAACAUGUGCCAUGAUAACACUGGUAGUAUGGUGCAGUAAGAGAAGUGAUAUCCUGGCAUAAGUUGUUCCCUUGGGCUUUCUUUUUCCCAUUUCCUUCUUCCAAAAAAAAACAAAAAACCAACAACAAACCACAACCAAAAAACAACAAACAAACAAACAAACAAAAAGCUAAGAAAGGAGGACAGAAAGACAAACUCAACAUAAAGAUUUCAGAUCUGCAAAAAUGGAACCUGCGCAAUGCUGAGAUAGAGGCAGUGCUUCUGUAAACAACUACUUCUGCCAAAAAUAGUGCUUCUGAGCUUGGCCAUUGGUGUUGCUGGUGCAAAGCUCUCUACUACCAUCAGGUCUCAUCAUCUUGGAAUUCACAGGCAAUUCUCAGAAACAGGGGAGUCUCCAAGCAAAUGGACCCCUUAGCUGCAAGAGAGAAAAAGUUACUUUCCCAUGGAUAAACCUGUUUUGUAAACUAAGUUUUUCAAAACUGUAUGUAAGUGUAUGUACACACAGUAUGACAUUAACUAUUGGGGAGGUGAUAUUUCUUGAGUUUUCAUUCAGGACACCUGAGGUUUUCAUCUGUGAACUUUGCGAUUUGGAUGGAAGAUCAUGAGCAAAGGAACUGAAUGUGGAUAUGUAAACAAGUGGCAACUUUUCUAGAAGAUAGUUACAAACAUCAUUAUCAAGAACUGGAAAUAUUGUAUUGGCAAAUGGAAUAAUUUAUGUGUCCAGUGACUAUUCACACAGGAGAAAAGUCAUGCCACAUUAUAAAAUAACUUAGAAAAUGCCUUUGAGCAUAGUUAGUUGGAAUUCUAUGGCUUACAAACUCUGGGAAGGAUACAGUUCUUACUUACAGAAAAACUGCAAGAGGAUAUUUGUUGGUUGUAAAUGCACUAAGGAAGACACUUUGAUAUACCAGACUCUUUAUUUUUCACUUUUAUAAUUCUUAUUCUUGAUGACUUGUGUUCACUUAAAUUCCCUGUUCUCACUUCAGUUUGUGGAAGUGACAUCCUACAAAUAAACACAAAGGUGUGAUGUUUAUUGAGGUGCCUUUCAGAGGAUGAUUUUGUACAUAAAGCAAUUUUCAUCCCAUGAAGAGUGUGGAAAUUGAAGUAUGAACAUCAAAAGAAGUAUUAACAUAGCUUGGAAUAGACAUAGGAGCAAAGAGAAGAAAAAUCCACUAAAAAGUCUUAUUAUAUAAAGCUAUUCCUAUGUAACAAUUUAAAUAAACAUGGCCAAAAUAAUAAUAAUAAUAAUAAAAAUCUGUGUUUGUAUUAUAAAUCUUUCUUCUCUGUCAUUUCAAGAAUGGCUUCCGAAAGCUCUUCUGUUAUAAGUGACCCAAAUCUGUUACAAGUAACUGUUUUCCUAUACCUGAUACAGAUAAAUAAAAUAUAGUUUGAAUGGAAAAGUAAUGGUCUUUUAUAUCUACUCUAGUUAGAUUUUCUCCUUUAAGAUUCUGGCCUGGUGUCUGAAGUCUGUCUGUAUGUGGAGUGUUUUCCAGGUCUGAAUCAAAUUAGAAGCGCUCCCAUUAUAGAAUUGUGUAGAUACAUAAAGGACACCUGUAGCUGUAUUGUUUUGUUUUCACAUCCUUUCACAAGAGUUGAGUUGAACAUGCUGGGUUGUUUUUCCAUUACCCUAUGUGGUAGAAUGAUUCAUUUCAUAAGGUGUUUCCUGUGUAUUUUUCCUUUUUUUUUUUUUUUUUUUUUUCAUUCUCUGGAACCUAAUAGAAAAUUGCUAUUUGUAAAAGAAGAGCAAAAUAUAUACUAAAGAUUUUCUUUUACUUUUCAACUUAACUAUUGUUUUCCGUAUUAAAAAGUUCUUGUCCUCCAAAACCAGUGGUGAACAAAAGAAAAUAAACAAACAAACAAAAAACAAAACAAAACAACAAACAAAAAAACAAAACACACAAAAAACACAAACAUUCAUUUGAACCAAAAGACUCAUCAACCAUUUUGUGUGGCCAGAACCAAAUAAUUUUAUUUGUGCUUUCAUGGAGUUUCAUUUAACUCAUUUCAUUUUAAAUCUAAAUAAGUUUAAAAGCAAAACAGUUAUUUGGAAACAUAUAGUAAAAAUUCUUACUUUUUCAUAAACAUGUUUAUUUCAAUAUGAUUGCCUUAUUUCAUGCAAGUUCUUGUCCAGUUCUGGCUCAUUUGAAACCACGUUCAACUAAUCAGCUAGUCACCUGAUAGGUAUGAACCAGUCUAAUUCAGUAUAAAACAGAUGGACCUAGGAAAUAAUUGGAGUACUGUCACAUUGAUGACAUCUUACUGCUAAAUAUAUCUUUAAACAAAUGCUAUGUUUAAAUGGAUUUUGUUUAAUUUUAAAAUAAAACCUACAGUGAAGGUUUUAAAGUGUGUAAGAAAUGUAAGAUUUAAAGAACAGUGAAUUUUCCUUAAUGUGCAUGUACUGGGGUAGGGGAAGGAUUCUACAUCUGCUCUGCACUUUGGAUAUGGAAAUAUAAUCUGUCUGUGUAUGUGCGCGUGUGCAUGUCUGUCCCAUACUAAGUAGGAUCUUGCAUUUUUUUUUUAAUACAUUUGAUAGAAGGGCAGAUAAGCUCAAACAUUGCAUGGGAAAAGACAUCACUAAUUUAGUGCAGCCUUGGUGGUUAAAUCUGUAGAAACACUGCUAGUGUUUGUAAAGAAAAAAGCAAGCACAGCAUCCAGUUUUUAACCAUUGUGUGCAUUAAUAGGGAACCAGAUUAAUAACUGUUGGAUCUUUUGACAUUACCUGUACUAUAUGUUAGCAAGAGUUAGUGGUGACUUUCUGCGGCAUGAGGCUACCUUUCCCCCAAAGUCUGUUUGCAUUGACAAGAAAAUCACAUCUAGGACCAAGAAUCUGGCUCAUUAUGAAACUGGAAUUUAACUUUAUGUUACAACAAUCUCAUGGGAAAAUAGGCAGAGAUAAAAACAAAAAGAAAAUAACAAUUAAAAAUUCUUCUUAAUUAGAAUAGUGGUUGGAUGCAGGCAAUGCUUAGGCCAGAAAAGAAUUGACUAAACAGCUAGCAAAGACAGUCGGUAUCGCUGUUGUAUUUUUUGCAUUCAGGAAAAACUGGGAAAGUGUGUAUUUCUAUGGGUGCUUCAGUAAGGAACUUGACCAGGCUGUAUCAGAGAUCUCCAUUCUUGGAGAUGAAAGACUUGGUUUUGAAUCUGUGAUCCUUGCAAGGCUAAGCAGAGAUUUGAAAAAAAUCAGCCUAUACAGAGCCAUUUGAACUGGGAAGAGUCUCUGUGUUCAGGCUGUCUUGGCUUAGUGAUUUGUAUGUGUCAGUCAUGGCUGAGAAAUACUUUGCCUUUGGGAAUGAGAUUUAGGAUUAUCCCUUUCUUUGCCUGGUAUAAGUGGUGGUGUCUCUGCCUAUCUAAAUAUAAUCUGUGCAUCCUGGUGGCAGAUAUGUACCCAUUCAAAUACUUUGUUUGGAUUUUUUGGAACCGGAUGUGAAGUAUGAAUUUUGCUGGGCAGCCGGACAUCUCAGAAGUAACUCUGCAAUACUGGGUAUUAUUUUUCUUAAGCCAUAAUCUUCAAAGAUACAACAGUACCUUAUUGCCAAAGAAUGAGAGGUCUUGAGCAGAGUUUGUGGUGUCUUUGUUCCAAUGGGAAAACAAAGGUUACAUUUUUUUCUCCUCAUGGAUGUGUUGAGAGGAUAAGGGCAAUUAAUGACCGACGUUACUUCUGAAUUUAAGAAGAAUGAAACUGUAGGUGCUUAGACAGAAAUACAUAAGAGCAUGCAAUGGUACAUUAAUACUGAGAAGUACUUCAGGACAUGGCAUGAGCUAUUUAAUUUGAGUUAAGAAUCUUCAUUUCUCUUUCUCUAACAUAAUUUUGCAAGAAUGCACCAACACCCAAAACAGCUCUGUGAGUUUAAUAAGAAAGGCAGAUUUUCUGCACAACAGGAAACCUGAGAUAUUAAAAGCUGAGUAAUUACUAGAGGCCAUGGAGCACAGUGGCUACUACCUUGUUUUUAGGUAAAAUCUCAGCAGAGCUUUUGGAAAGGGGACAAAUAGUAAUAGUGCAUAACAGGUCAUGUUAUGCCAAUACCAACUGUGUCAAGACAUUCUGCUUUAAACUGUAUGGAGCCACAUUAAUGUGAUACUGUUUUUGACUUUGAGAGGUGGUUUUAUUGUUUUGUACAUAGAAUCUUCCUAACGCAGUAAAUAACACACUGAACAAAACAGUCAGGGAUAUGUGCACUCUUGUCACGUCAACAAGGAACUCCCACCAGUUUACCCAGAUGAUAAACGCAUGAGAGGCACAUAUGCCACUUCAACAUGUUUCAGCUGCAUGCAAGAAAAUAGAGAUAAGCCGCAUCAGAACCAAAAUAAACUUGGGAGAUCAAGUGAUAAAAGUGAUGAAGCAUGUCUCUGUCAGUUCAAAUUCUGUAACAACAUUAUGUACAGAUCUAGUCAGAUAGAGGUGGAGAGGGCUUUUAGGUAUUUUAUAUUUGGUUAACUGUUUUAAAAACAAAAAUACAUACUUUAUCAGAAUUGAACAAACCAGUGUUUUUUGUGUGGGAAUUAGUAUGUGAACCAGCUUUAAAUAGAUAGGCAAUGUCACAUGAAAUCAUUUGUAUUCCAAAUGGGAAUCAGGCUUGGAUUUGAGCCAGCUUAAUAUAGGUGCAUUGCUUUCAGUUUAGUAGGCAGAGAGAUGUCACCAUUGUUUGUUGAUUAGUCUUCUGGGACAUCUCUAGAUGAAGAUAGUGUAGGUAGUUGUGGCAGGACUACAGUCACUGAACCAGAAGAACUGAAGGAACAGUUGGGUAAAAUUUUAAAGGGAACCUUAUUAGUCCUAAUGGUACACUGAAGUUGGAAUGUUUACUUCAGUUUGGGAUUAUCUGGAGUCAGCCUGCAGGUUUUAAAGCCUCACUGAAGAAGGCUCAAGUCUGCUGGAUUUUGAUGGAAAAAAAAAAUAUAUUUCUAUGAAUGAAUAAAUAUUAAUAAGAAAGGUCAUAAUUUAUAAAAAAAAUAUAGUAUUCUCAUCAUGCAGACCUACAUGCCUUAGCUGGGAUUUUGACUAAGUGGAUUCCUAUGUGCUCGAAUCUCUAAGAGAGAUUUGCUUAGAGUAUAAUAUUUAUGACGUGGUUGCAAUGAUUUUUCCUGACAGCAGUUAGUGAAUCCCCACUUUUUUGGACUUCCUAAUGUGCCCCAGAUUAUUUUAAAGUGAAAAAAAUCUGCCAACAAUUUUUAGCCAUUUUAGUAACUAAUCUGGGCAUUAAAACUACUUUAUGAAACUACUUUGGCUAAAACUACUUUAUGAAACCUUUGGCUAAAUACCAGUAUUUGACAAUCAUGUUGGCAGUAUAUUUGCAGACCUCCUUCCCAUUAUUUUCUGUCUUUCUACAAUUUAAUUUUGAUUGCAAAAUAGAUUAUUUUAGAUGUAGAUGUUCUUUAGCAGAGUAGCAGAACUGGCAGUACAAAGUUGAAAACACCUUUCUAAUAACUAAAACUAUAAUACUUAAAACAACUCUCUGAUAAAUCUACCUUAUAAACAUUUCUUUUCCCUAACUGGGUGUAAGAAAUUCAAAAUAGUUAGUAUGAUUUUAGGGCUUCUAUUGUGGUGUGCAGAUGGAUCUGCCCCAUCUGCAUGGAAUAUAUAAAUUGAAAUAAUGAAUAAUUUUGAUUUAAUUGCAAAAGGUGAAGGAAAAUGGCACUGGCUACAUACAGGGAAUUCUGCAGAUUAUAAAAUGGAAAUAUACAGUUGUACUCAGUAUUGUCAAUUUAUGCUGUAGGGUGACAGUUUAGAAAUAAAGGACAGUAAUAGUUUACAAAUAUUUGUGAUGCUAGAAAAGUGUAUUAAUGAAACUGUAGGGUUUUUCUGAGGGGGGAUUAUAGAUAUCUGUAUAAAGAUGCAUAUAUAUUUCCUUACAUAGAGCAAGGAUCCAACCAAUAUGAAAGUUUAUGCCAAUUAAGGCUCCCCCCGCCCCCCCCAAAAAAAAAAAA